AAAUAAAUAAAAAUGUUUCCUCUGCCACCACUAUACCAUUUCCUUAAUUCCACACCAAGCCCCGAAAAUCAAAAUGGAAGCACUUUCUUCAUCUUCAUUUUCUCCUCCAAUCUUUUACCUACUUUAUACCCUCCUCCUUUUUCAUCAUUGAAUUUUUGAACCAAACUCUGUUUACCAUUUCAUUUGUUUUCAAUUAAUUCAUUAAUGGGGGCUAGUAUUUCUUCAACAACAACCGUAAAAGAAAAAGGUGAAGGGUCUAAUUCUUCAUCAUCAAGAACUGGUCUUGGUGAUAUUCCAGAGAGUUGCAUCUCCUCCAUUCUUAUGAAUCUUGAUCCACCUGAUAUAUGUAAAUUGGCUAGAGUCAACCGUGCUUUUCAUAGAGCUUCUUCAGCUGAUUUUGUUUGGGAAUCAAAGUUGCCACAAAAUUAUAAGUUUCUUGCUAAUAAAAUUCUCGGUGAAGAAAAUAUUUCCAUUAUGACUAAGAAAGAGAUCUAUGCAAAACUUUGUCUACCUAAUCGCUAUGAUCAUGGUACUAAAGAAGUUAGGUUGGACAAAUGUAGUGGACAAGUUUGUUUCUCUAUGUCAUCAAAGUCCUUAAAGAUAACAGGAAUAGAUGAUAGAAGAUAUUGGAUUUAUAUUCCAACUGAGGAGUCCAGGUUUAAGAAUGUGGCAUAUCUUCAACAAAUGUGGUGGGUUGAAGUAGUAGGGGAGGUAGAGUUUGUAUUCCCUGUGGGAAGUUACAGCAUAACUUUUAAACUCCAAUUGGGCAAAGCAUCCAAAAAAUUGGGUCGGCGUGUGUGCAACGUUGAUCAAGUGCAUGGCUGGGACAUCAAACCCGUCAGGUUCCAACUCUCCACAUCCGACGGUCAGCGUUCAAUCUCGGAGUGUUACUUACAAGGGCCAGGGGAUUGGGUCUAUUACCAUGUAGGAGAUUUCGUGGUCGUAAAGCCCAAUGAGCCCAUAAAGAUUAAGUUUUCUUUGGCCCAAAUUGAUUGUACUCAUACCAAAGGUGGCUUAUGCAUAGAUAGUGCAAUCAUUUGCCCAACUGAGUUUAGAGAAAAACUCAAACAGUUUUAGCUGGUUAUUAAACAUUUUUCGUUUAGUUAUGUACUUGUAUUAGAGAAAAUUAAAGAACGGUUUCUUUUAUAACAGAUUAUUUGGUGUUUGUGGGAGCUGAAAAUUACUCAAUUAGCCCUUUAUUUUAGGUGGGUUUGAGCGUUCUUUUGUAACUUAUAUCAGUUAUAUGCAGUUGUACUUUACAAACUUGAAAUGUUAAACUCUGAACAAUUAAAAAAAAAAUGUUAAUUGCUCA